AUGACAGCCUCCCUGGUCCUAAACCCUCGCUGGCCAGCGGAAACGGUAAUGUUUGUGUAUGAUAACAACCUGGACGACCUGAACAAGAACAUGGAGGGGCUGGUGGGAAGCGGCAACUUCGCUGCGGCCACAGCGGCCAGCCAGUGUCGCAACAUUAUGGCGCACUCGGCGGCCGCCGCCGCUCUGGGCGGCCACCCGUCCGGCCUGGUGCACUCUUCAGCCGGCUACUCAACAGUAGACGUGUCCGCGCCAGGCUCCAGCGAGACUGGCGCGUCUUCGGGGAAGCAGUGCGCAGCCGGACCUUGUCCGGCGGCCGCCGUGCCUCACCAGAGCUCGUCCGCUCCCCCCGCGUUACCUUACAGCUACUUUGGUAACGGCUAUUACCCAUGCAGGAUGGGGCGGGGUUCUCUCAAGUCAUGCACCCAGGCAGCCGGAGCCGCGCUCAGCUCGCAGUACAUGGACACGACAGUGAGCACUGACGAAUACCCGAACCAUCGUGCCAAGGAGUUCGCCUUUUAUCACGGCUACCCGAGCCCGUACCAGUCCAUGGCCAGCUACCUGGACGUCUCGGUGGUCCAGUCGCUGGGCACCGGUGAGCCACGCCAUGACACACUGCUCCCCAUGGACAGCUACCAACCCUGGGCUCUGACCAACGGCUGGGGGGGACAGAUGUACUGCUCCAAGGACCAGGGGCAGGCCGGGCACCUCUGGAAGUCCGCUCUGGCUGAUGUGGUGGCACAUCAGCACGACAGCUCGCCUUUCCGCCGCGGCAGGAAGAAACGGAUACCGUACACCAAGGUGCAGCUCAAGGAGCUGGAGAAAGAGUACGCCGCCAACAAAUUCAUUACCAAGGACAAGAGGAGGAAGAUCUCGGCCGUGACCAACCUGUCGGAGCGGCAGAUCACCAUCUGGUUCCAGAACAGGAGGGUGAAAGAGAAGAAGUUCGUGGCCAAAGUGAAGACCAGUGCGCCGUAG